ACCACAAGUGCACUACAAGAAUUCUGCAUCUUUUUUCUUCCCUUCCCACUUCAGCUCUUCUCCUUCUUGUAUUUGUACCCACUACCACUCACCCAAACUUCUUCCUUCAACCUGAAACAGGAGAUGAAUUGUCAAAAUCUCACCCAGACCCUAAUAGAGUCUUUUAAUGCCUUAGCCGACGAAGUUCAGAAUCUGAGCGACAGGCAAACAAUCCUUGAGCAUAAACUCAGGUAUGCUCAAGAACAGUUUCAGUACCUGGCCGACAAGUAUGCCCCGACAGCACCCGAAAUCUCGGAGACCUUACUGAAUCUGCAAAUACCGCCUGAGCCGCACAAUCCAUCCCUAGCCAACACUAGUUUCGUUCCCUUGCCUAAGAAGAAAGCCUCGGAUUCAAAACACCAGAUUGCCGUCAUAAUUAGGGAAGGUAGACGCGUCGCCUCUUCCCUGACAGCUACUAGCAAGAGUAGUCAGUCUAGUAGGGACAGCUUACCUCCUACCACUAUGACGACGCUUUCCACGAUAUUAGAGCAAGACUUCACUGUCGAGGGAAAGAAAGGCACACUGAAUUGCCCCUUCUCCCAGCCCGACGGUGAAGAUAAAAAAGAGGAGCGUCGUAACAGUCUCCCAGUCACAGCACCCCACGAUUCCCAAGAUCCCAUCUGCGCAGCCAUGUUCGAAGACCCAAGUUCACAACCGGCCGCUUCGAAGUGUCCGAUUCGCUACUUGGACCAACAUUCACCCGAAGAGAUAGGAAAUUACUUGAAGACGCAUAAACAUGAAUUACCGAGGAGUCACGAAGUCUGCUUGCGGCGACAUCAACAGAAUGAGGAUUCUAUGAAGAAAUUAGAUACCAAAUACGGCAAUCUUGCGAGUGUAGUAGAGGGUCUUAGUCGGAUCCAUCAACCGAUGUUACCCGAGCAAGACACGCGACCCCAAAGUGACGUGGAAAAGACUUCGAACGAGAGGGUUGAGACUUGGGCUCAGACAGUUAGUAUAGCUGCGAACGACUCAGAAUACGCUGCUUUGGAACAGGAAGUUAAAGAUCUGGACGACUUAGAGAGGCAAAGUCAUUUUGAUCGACCUCUUAAAGAGGUGCGCGUUGGCGAAUCACCAAGCCGUCCGUGGGGUAUAUCGGUGCCGGUCUACGAUACCCCAUCGGCUAAUGGUGUUUUCCAUCGACCCGAAUCUCCUCCCCCGGCGCCUGUUCAGAUCCCAUCCUCGCUGCCGCCAUCAAUCACGCCGGCGAAGAAGACGGGGAAAUGUCCCUUUGAUCAUACCAAGAUGGCGGAAAUGAUGAACGGCUCGUCCCCUAUUAAGCGGGAAGAUAAGAGUUUCCGCGCAUUCGAUGAUAUCCCUACGAGUAGCCAGACUUCUAUCCCUGCACACGAACCGCCUCUUACCGCGAGUCGUCCUACACAACCUGCAUUUAUUAACCCCGCUGAGCUGGACCGCGGUAAACAGGAUAAUAGGCCACAGAUGCUCUUCACCGGCCCCGUCUUCAUUGGUUAUCCGAUCGAGGACGCAAUUCGGUUUAUGCAGAAUUUUCAAGGCCAACAAUGAUAGUAAUGAUGAUUUUUGAAUUGAUACUAGAUGCUUUCUAGAGCGUCUAUGAUGAAUAACGGAUAGGGAUUAUUAUUUUUGUGUUUCAGCAAGGAGUUAGGUGCGAUUUAGCGAGGUCAAGCAGUUGGUUCGGCCAUGGAAGGUUCUCAAGAAUCGUCAAUUGUUCACUGGACGCAUGGUCGGGAGUACGGAUGUGCUCGGGUUUGACGGCGUUGUGAUUUUUUACUCAUAGGAGCAUGUCGCUUGGGGCUUAGGUGUUUAUGGAAUAGAACGAAUAGGAUGGAUGAUACGAUACCCUUCAUAGUAUGAAAUUGAGGAACUUGCUUUUGACUUGGGUUGUAUCAAUUAUAACAUACCUUCAAUCAAUCCAUAUGUUAAUUUAAAUAA